CCGCGCGCGCGCACCAUGCGCACAGCUCCGGCGCUGCUGCUGCUCGCCGCUGCAUGCGCCGUUGCCUCUGCGCAGAUCGCUUGGACACCCAUCUUCCUUGAUGGCAGUAGUCAAGUGGACCUGUGGACGCAGUCGUCGACGGGCUGCGCGUGCCCGGGCGGCGCGGGCGAGGACUGCGCGUGUUGUGUGCGCGAUGGCGCAUGCCCAUGCGGCGACAUCGCGCCUGCGCGCUGUGCGCAGUGCGGGCUCGAGCAGUAUUGCGCUAGCAUGUGCAACAUCACAAUCGAUUCGAGGAUUCUCAAGAGCAAGUCCGGGAAGACCUUCGGGCAGAUCAAAUCUCCAUCGAUCGAGGGUCCAGGAGCAUGUUCCUACUUCCUACAACCGGACGCCGGACAACGGGUUGAAAUACAAAUCUACAGGCUUGUGUCAGUCGGAAGAUUUAAUGGCUCCAGUUGCGUGGGAGGCUGGCUGCAACUAGGCAGCGCGAGCGCAGUGCGCGGCGCGGGCGGCGCAGCAGAGAUGAGACUGUGUGGUGCCAACGAGCGGUACACACCGCCCGUCGUGUUGUUCGCGGACCAUGGUGCUUCUACACUUGAAUUUAGGAUAAUAGAGAAGACCGUGAGGUCGCAGUUUCUCGCGUUCUUCAGCUUCACUUCUCUAAGCAACACCCAAGGAGUGGGUUUUCAUCCUCGCGGCGGAUCGAGGAUACCUCAAACUGAUUGUGACUGGCUCUACCAAGACGUAUCGUGCCGGGGACCGGGCGCGUGCGUGCUCGCGAGUCCAGGGUACCCCGGCCUGUACCCACCACACCGGCGGUGUCGGUACCUCUUCGCCACCAACUCCGUGCACACUAGAGUCAAGAUCAUAUUCAAUUCCAUACUGCUGCCUAGAAACCACUGCGCGACGGAUUAUCUGACACUGCGCGCUGGCAGCUCGCCAUCCGCCCCACUGCUGGCCUCGCUGUGCUCGGAGCGGAGUACUACCCUGGAGCAUCCCGGACCUAACCUGCUGCUUGAGUUCAACUCAGGAGCCUUAGUGCCGCCAUAUGACUACAACGGAUUUAUCGCUAAGUUGGAGUUCGUCGAGAGGAUCGACAGCAGCGGGCCGCCCCCCACCGUCGUCGCCGCCUCGCCGCCACUAGCUGCGCUUACGCACGUGUCGCAGCACGUGGAUAGAAUAUCGUCAUUGGAAACUAACGCUGUUUCCAAUGAGGUUUCUAACAACAACGGCGGAGGACACAUAGGGUGUGGUGCGACUGUUCGCGGGUACGGCGCAGGCGGUUUACGUUCCGGUCACUUCGACACACGCGCAACGGCCUGGCGGACCCAGUGCGCCAUUCACUUGCUAGGAGCACCGACAGACGUUGUCCAAGUGUCACUUUUUAAUUAUAAUUUAAGGUUACAAAGCUGUAGAUCUCAUAUUGAGAUUGUAGAAGGGCUUCACGAGUUCGUAGGGCGGGGGGAGCGAGGUGACAGGUCUGAGCGGGGGGACAGGGCCCUGCUCAGGGUGUGCGGGCCGGCGGUACGGGAGGCUCGCGACCCCUCCGGCAGGUUCCUCAUCCGUCAAGCAGUCACGUCUAAAGGUGCUAACCUGACUAUCCUCGUACGGCGAGCUGCUACACAGAGCGUCGAUGAAGAGGAAUUCGUCGAUGGCGGAUUUGCUUUCCAUGACGAACAACACGAGGGCACUGCAUCUCCUGAUGACACGUGUGCGUCAACGCACUAUGGGCUGGCUGCGCCGGCACACGGGGGGGUCUCCGCUCCAUCACACCAUCACAUAUUCUGGAACAUCGAAGAAAGACUGCUGUGUACACAUCGGUUCAUUCCUGCUGCCAACCAAAGCGUCACUAUUGAGAUCCAGCGGUUGGAUCGUAUGUGGAGCGCGGAGCCGCCGGGGACUGUGGGCGCGGCGGGGUGUCGAACCGCGUGCGGUGACGCCGGCUGCGAGUGCCGCGCGAACACACCGCUACACUACCACGACCAUGUCGCCCUGGUAGCUGGCGACGGCACGCACUUGUCUUGCCUCUGCGGGGACUUCCAGGCGGCGUGGCUGCCGGUCGUGGUCCGGAGUUGGACGAGCGUGCGUCUCGAGUAUUCGGUGGCUCACUACACGUACGCCAGUCGCGGUUUCGAGUACGCGGCCGCGUACAGUUUCAACGACGACGCGAUGUGUGGACAGCGUACAUACACUACACAUUCCGGUGAAAUAACGUCGAAAAACGUGUCAGUCACGGGCAGUUUGAACGAGUUUUUCUACCAGCAGUGUACCUGGAUAUUGGACUCAAACGUCGAAAGGCAGCUAUUCAUAGAUAUUUCUUCGGAGCAGGAUAAAUCUUGUGGUUCGUGGAACAUCACGUUGCACGAGUGGUCGGGCUCGGGGACCCACAGCGAGGUAGGGCUUCAGGCCGCGGCCGGCGAGCUCUUAUACACUUUCUGCGCUCGACAUAAAAACCACACGUACACCCUGCCUUGGCGACUCAACACUGUCGUUAUAAGAUUGGUGGCACUAUCCCGGGUUCAGCCACUAUACACGAUACGAUGGAGGUCGCAGGUGGUCCGGGCUAACAACCGCCUGGGGCCACCGACGCCGGCGCCGGCAGCUUCAGGCACUGCUGCCACAUUGGACAAAACAGCACUGACUUAUAUUCUAAUAUUCUUCCUUCUAAGUUGGUGUAAGCAAAACCUUGCGCCCAGUGUUUUGAUUAAGUGUUCGACUGUAAUUGUUGUGCUAAAAGUUAUGUAGGUUACGUACGAUAUAAAGUGACUUAGCUAAGUGUACACACGACUGUUUAAUGCAAUUGUGACUUUUUUGUACAAUUGUAUUUAUUAAAAUGACAGUGAAAGCGAAAUGAAAGUGUAAAUAGUGAAACAUGCGUCGCUUUAUGUAAUAUAGUGAAAUGAACUCUACAUGCGAAGGCUUUUGGUAGAAUAUUGGUUGAGAGUUAGCGCCGAAGUUUCUAAUAAGUAAGAAAAAGCUAAUUUGGUUGAUUUUCAAACAAAACAAUGUACAAGUAUCUAUGUUGCUUAAACAUAUUUAUUGAAAUUAUUUCAUGGCAAAAGGGAGCACAUUUGGUUGUACCUUGUCGCUCUUGUCAGCUCUAGUAGCAUGCUGACCGCAUAUCGCGCGCGGUGUGGCAAAUGAGCCAAUAUAUUAUAAUUGGCUAUUUUAUUAGAGCGCUAUUAAAUAUUUCAAACAUGCAUCGACAAAAUUUGAAAAACCUACCUUAUUAUUACUGUACUGUGAUCGUUAUUUGUAGAGACAUAAUAUAUGCUGUUUAUUGGAAUAUUGUGGGAAUACUGACAACAAACCACGGAUAGAAUUGCCAACAGAGUUUAGAAAAAAAUACGUUAUUAUUUAACUGCUUUGAUCUUAAUUUGAAUGGAAAUAUUCUGUCUGCCGAAAAACUUUGUUGUAAGUAUUCUCACAAUAUUUUCACGAAUAACGAUUACAGUUGAGUCGUAAUAAGGUCUAUUUUUGUUUUAAUCCUAAACCACGAUAAGCCUAAGCCAUUGCAAGAUGUAAUACUUAUGUGACGUAGGUGUACUUAAUGUUCUUACAUUGCAUGCGGACAACAUUCUGGUUACAUGUCAAGAAUUUGAUAAUAUUAUCAUGGAGUUAUGCAAAUGUGUGGUCGACAUCUAUAACUCGCAAAUCCCUAGUAAAGAGUCAUAAUAUCUGGUCGUUGUCACGAAGUGUCAUGAUUGCUCCAUGCUCUACAGUCACUAAAUGUAGCUUAAAGCCCAACCACAGAUUAUCUACUGUAGUAUGCCUAACGUCAAUUGAAAUGGAAAUUAAUGGAGAUUUGUGAAAUAUGUAGCCAAUGGUUUUCCUUUUUAAUAAAAACAUUUUAAAAAGCACUGAUACUAGUAUAAUUGAUUUCUUUUUUAAAGGCUGUUAAAAAUAAAAUAAUUUUCCUUUAUUUCUACAUUUCUUUACAUAUACGUUCUUUUCGUCUCUGUGUGUUUGGACUUUAUAAAGCUAUUUAUAGUUUGCAAUUUGCAGUGUGAGUGGACAAAUUAUUAUCGGUACUGAUUUUAUAUCAACCGUUACUUAGUUAUUCAUUAUAUCAUCAUCAUCGUUCAUUUUAAUUUAUUAGUAUAAUAGCAAUUUAAAUGUCGAUCGUCAAUUAAUUAGUCAAAUAAUGACAGUCAUUAUAAAACAGUAUGUUAACUUUCAAUAACCGUUCGUUUAUACAAAAGUUUCACUUAAAUAAUAAUUGUAAUAUCAGACAUUAAAGUAAUCUUUCAAGUCAAAACAUUCAGGCUGUGGUAUUUGUUUACAUGGGCAAAGCGGCAACGUCGCAAUUCUGUGAUGCACCAGAGCACCCCGAGCUUUCGUAGAAUCUACCUACUUGUAAAGAUUGUUUAAAAAGUUUCGGCGAAAAAUGCGACGUUGCCGAUCUGUGCCCGUCCGUACUACAUAAACUAAAAAACUAAGGACUAU